CUUUGUGUAUGUCAAAUGGGAAGGGUUGCUGCAAAGUUAAAUAUCGACUUUGUGAUAUCCACUAGAGACAAUUUCUACGAUGAUGGAUUGACUGGUAUAGAUGACCCUGCAUUUGAAAUUUCGUUCUCAAAAAUCUACACUGCCAAGAGCCUCCAAAAGCAAUGGUAUAGUGUGUUGGGCAAUCAUGACUACAGGGGUGAUGUUGAAGCUCAAUUGAAUCCAAUCCUUCAGAAAAUUGAUCCUAGAUGGAUCUGCCAAAGAUCAUUUAUUGUUGAUACUGAAAUUGCUGAGUUCUUCUUCAUUGAUUCAACACCUUUUGUGGACAAGUAUUUUCUUAAGCCAAAGGACCACAAGUAUGACUCGAGAGGAGUGCUUCCAAGGGAAAAAUAUUUAUCAAAGCUCUUGAAGGAUCUAGAAAUAGCAUUGAAGGAUUCUACUGCCAAGUGGAAGAUUGUUGUGGGGCAUCAUCCUGUAAGAAGCAUAGGACAUCACGGUGACACCAAAGAGCUCAUAAGAUAGCUCCUGCCAAUUCUUGAGGAAAAUAAUGUGGAUAUGUACAUUAAUGGGCAUGACCAUUGCUUGGAACACAUAAGUAGCAGAAGCAGGGCGUGUGGA